UUACAUUUAUGUUCACUUAGUUUAACUGUGAUACAUGCUCGGUUUUAUGUGAUGAUAAGCACAGCUUAAAAAAUCAUCCAAUAGAUAGAUACACCAAUUGUUUACAUUUACAACAACCAACAACAGAUACACAGAGUAAACUUUGUAGGAGUAGCGCACUGCACACGUUCUCUUUAUGUGUAAUAUUGAUCGAGUGAAGAACAUGACAUUCUGUAAUAAUUGCUUACCGCAUCAUGAUAACUCGUAACUGGCCUUAUUCCAGAUGGAUGCCACCAGCCCCUAUAGGGUCAACAUGAAACUUUCGACAGACUGUCUACUUUUGCAUCACAAAGGUCUUGCAGCCCCAGAACACAUGUAGAAGCACGCACAUAUAGACAAGUGGACGACCACUGGCCAUGCACUACAGCUCUACAUUCAUGCAAAUGGGUUGGAGGCACUAUGCAUGGGCAACACAUAUCCCUCUGGAAUUGCAAACCGAGGCAGAAAAACCGGAGGAAGAUCACAAUAGGCACGCUGUCAGAGAGCUUCGAGAUGCCAGGGUACGUGUCAUCAGCAGCCACAGCGCGGCGCAAAAGUGACUGUGUGGUACGCGAGGACAAGCGAGGCACAGAUGGAAAGAAUGAAACUCCAAUGGCUAGUAGAAACGGACAUCACCUGAAAAACAGGGAGCGGCGAGAGGCUUCUCCUAGAUGCGGCUUCCUUACACACGGCUCCUUCCUAUUUAAGCCGUUGCAGUAUCCGACUAAUUGCACCAUAAUAACUCGGCAUACAUCCAUCUUGGUGCUCACUCUGAGAGAUUGGCAGAACAAGAAGUAUCCGCACAUGUAUGGCUCACUACUCUUUUUUCCCAAUACUCUAGAGAUUUGUUUUGGCUCAGUAUAGUCGUUUGCUUAGCUUACUGGUGAUCGUGGUCAUUUAAGAAGCAAGAGAACCAUGGGAGAUCAGCAUCAGCAACAAGAGCCACAGGUGAUGCAUGUCAGCGGCAGCCUUGAGAUGCCUCCAGGGUUCCGCUUCAACCCUAGUGAUGAGGAGAUCAUCACCUUCUACCUCACACCCAAAGUGCAGCAGAGGAGCUUCACCUGCGCUGCCAUGGGGGAGGUCGACCUUAAAAGGACAGAGCCAUGGGAACUGCCUGGCAAGGCGAAUAUAGGAGAGAAGGAUUGGUACUUCUUCUGCCAGAUGGACCGUAAGUACCAAAAGGGGUCGAGGAUGAAUCGGGCAACAAAGGAUGGUUUCUGGAAGGCUACAGGCAAAGAUAAGGAGAUCUACAGGGUCACAACAGGAGUAGCAUUGCCAGAGCUCAUUGGUAUGAAGAAGACGCUCGUCUUCUACACAGGAAGGGCUCCUAGGGGCCAAAAGACAAGCUGGAUCAUGCACGAGUAUAGGCUCGAAGGCGACGAUAAGCUCCCCUACCCUGCAGCCAACUCGAUCUCCACCGCCACCAUGAAAUCUUCCUCUGCUUCUAAGGUGGUGCACUAG